AUGGAAGCCACCUGCAAUGAUGCCAUGGGUAACUCUACAGUUGCACAUUCUUCUCCGGUCAUGUCGUUUAACGGGAAACGACUUGUCGUGGAUGAAAUGGAUUUCUUUGCAGAGAAGAAAAGUAGUGCAGUAGUUGAUCAUGAUCAAGUGAUGCAUGAAAUGGAGCUUCAUCAUGUUGAUACUAAUUUAGAUCUCCAAUCAAAGAAUUCAACUGUGGAAGAUGGGGCAUUGGAGAUCAGGGGAGAUAAGAGAAAUAAGUAUGUAGCUUUGCUAGCUGAAUUGCACCACAUGAAUGCUGAAAAUCAACGCUUGAGAGAGCUGGUUGAUCAGGUGAACAAUGAAUACAAUGCCCUACACAAGCAUCUUAUGAAGCAGAUGCAGAAACAGCAUAAAAAUGAGAUUCAUGGAGCAAUAGAUAAGGAGGUAAAGAAAGAUGAUAUGAUUCCAAGGCCAUUUUUGGACAUUGGUUUGGCUAAAAAGGAUGAGCCUUCACUGCAAGAAAGAAAAAACAUGAUUGACUUGAUGGAGUGCAAGGCUCAGAAGAUUUGCACUAGUAGAGAUAAUAUUAUUCAGUUUGACACAGACAAGCAUGAUUCUGAAGGCAGGGAUAGUACAAAACCUAGAAGGGAUCAUGAGAGUCAAGCUGAACAAGCAUUUCCAGGGUGGCUCUCUGAUGAAGGCAAGAGAUUGAGUUCUUUUAGGGAUGUUGAUCAAGCAUCAGAAACCAUGUCAAUGAUCAAGAAAGCUCGUGUAUCCGUUCGAGCAAAAUCAGAAUCUUCUAUGAUUUCAGAUGGAUGUCAAUGGCGAAAGUAUGGGCAGAAGAUGGCUAAAGGGAAUCCAUGUCCGCGAGCUUAUUAUCGUUGCACAAUGGGAACUGGUUGUCCAGUUCGGAAGCAAGUACAAAGGUGUGCUGAAGAUCGAAGUGUGUUAAUCACAACAUAUGAAGGGCAGCAUAAUCAUCCACUACCUCCCACUGCUAAGGCAAUGGCAUCCACAACAUCUGCAGCUGCAUCAAUGCUUCUUUCAGGAUCAAUGCCAAGUGCAGAUGGCUUAAUGAAUCCAAACAUAUUAGAAAGUGCAGCACUCCCUUGCUCACAGAACAUGGCAACACUCUCAGCUUCAGCUCCAUUUCCAACAAUCACAUUGGAUCUUACUCAAAGUGCUACUAGUUCCUCACAACCACAAGGCCAACUUAGCCUCCUUCCCCCACUUUUGGCUCAAAAUAUGUCAGUUCCAAACAUUUUUGGACAUGCCCUUUUUGACCAAACUAAGCUUUCUAGCUUACAUGGAUCUCAGGGAAUGGAAACAACUCAAUUUGCAGAUUCAGUAAAUGCGGCAACAGCUGCUAUCACUGCAGACCCAAAAUUCACUGCAGCUCUUGUGGCUGCCAUUACUUCUAUCAUUGGAACUUCACAUCCUAACAAUAAUGGUACAAGUGAAGACCAGCAAAGCAAUAAAACAUAA